UGAUUCUUCAUCCAUUAAAGUGCACCAAACUCCACAGAAAUCUUGUUGGGCUGUGCGUAUUUAUUUAUAAACGGGUUCUCCAACCCAAGUGCAUUCAGAUGUAAGAUCAUCUUUCUUCACAAAUUACAAGAACAACGCAGCAUUGGCAAACCAAGUAAACAUACACACAACAGAGCUGCUUGAUACAAAUUACAUACGUACAUACAUAAAUUCAUUACUAUCACUUAUUUAAACUGGUCUCUUCAGUAGUAUUUCGUCAGUGAGCGUCUGUGCGGUACCAGAGCUAAUCGCUGUGAUCCUAGUAAAUACGUAAGGUGUGACAGGAAAAUAUAUCAAAAAGUUCAAAAACCUCAAUGAGAUAUACAAGAUAAAUGAUUUUGUGAGCAAUUAAGACACCGCAAGAUUUUUUUGUCUGCGUGCAAUGCACAAAAUGUAAACCUUAGCAUUAGUUUUCAGCGUCGCUCUACUGUCACUGUCAAUUUUGUGGUGAGACAAAUUAGAAAAUUAGCCAAGAGACGACAGUUUGCUCAUUUCGGACCAUCUGCAUCAGCAAAAACCGCAAAAACGUGUCCUGCAGACAAUAACGCAAUUUCAUAGUUGAAGUUUUGAGCAAACCCCAACCAACAAUUGCCAGGAGUACGUAUGCACAUAUGUGCAUACAUGCAAAUAAGUAUGUAUAGAGGGUUAAGUGAAAUGCAGUUAAGUGAAUUGGCUUAAAACGUUAGUUAAGCUCGAGAUGUGGUGGUGGUACAUGCCAACGAGAAAACAUGAAAGUCCAUAACAAUAAUCAGCUUCAAUACAGUGCGACGAUGUGAUUGCGGUGAAAGGUGAAUAAGCAAAGGUUACGGAGACCUUUAUCAAACUGGGCGACGGAAAUGUUUGGCCUAUGGGCAGAAAUACUGUGGCAAUUUGAGCGUAGGAGGAAAUAUACGCGAUGGUCUUGUGGGACAAAUCGAGCUCGUGCAGUGGUGGCCAAGGCUGUGACGCUGAUCCUUGCUCUUGGUCUCUUUUACCUUAGCGUCCACUCCUCCCUCGGAGGAACGACUGACAAUGCCAAACUAAAUAUUUUAACCAAACCUGCCUCCUCCCCAUUACGAAAAGAAAUAUCGUCCUUUGGCCAUCAUUUGCUUAAAUUAAAUGGGCUCGAGGAUAACGACGACUCCAAAAAUGUCGGAAUCAUUGCCGCUGCAAUUAUUAAUCGACUCGCGCGAAAUUUUCACAGGGCUGAUAAAAAUGCAAACGGACUUUUGGAUGAAGAAGAACUCACACUCUACAUCAACAAUGCAAUUGCCAUGCAUUUUGAAAACGCAAUGAAGGAUAACUUUGACCAUUAUUUUAAUAUUGACACUAAUCCCAAGAACGGUCUCGUUUCGUGGGAAGAAUACCUGAAUUUCUUUUUCCAGACCAAAUCCAUCUCAGGGGUCACUGCGGAUGAUGUGAACAAUAGAACACCGCCAUUCAUGGCACUUUCCAAAGAUAUGAAAGUGGCAAUUGCGAGAGUACAAGCAAGUUGGUCCGAAGCAGCUUCCAAUGACCCAGAAUUCUUGACCGUUGACGAAUUUCUAGCGUUUGAACAUCCUGAAGCUUCACCAACAAAAAUAAUUGCCAACGUAGAAGAUUUGCUUACAACAUUUGAUUUGGACGGUGAUGGAAAGAUAACAGACGAAGAGUUUGAAUCCACUUACAAGCAUGCCGAAGGGGUAGACCCGAUCUAUAAACAUGACAAACAUGUAAUUGACGCAGAUGGCAAUGGAGAAAUUAGCAGGAUUGAGUUGAUGCGGUACAUGGAUCCACGAAGCUUGCACCACUCAAGAAGAGAUGCAAAGGAGCUAAUAAACUUGGCUGACAAGGACAAAAACGGAAGACUGAGCCUUUUAGAACUCGUGCAUUGUGCAAACACAGUUGUAAAAUCAAAGUUUUAUGAUGUAGACAUGAAUUUACAUGAGCAUUAAGUUGUUGAUAAAUAUAUAUUUCGCUCAUUUUUGUAAACUAUGUGCUGAUGUUAAAUAGCACUUUGCCGUCAAUAAAAUGCAAUAUGUGAUAUUUUAAAUCGUAUGAAUAAAAGUUCUGUACCAAACAA